ACAGUUGAACUAUGCCCUGUGUUAUGGGUACUCGACUUUAGUUCAGUUCAGUUCGUACUCGUAUAAGACGAGGUACCGGUACGUAGCCUUUAUGCAUCGUUAUCCUGUGUUUUCUGCACUUAACACAUCUACUACACAAUGGGCAGUGGUGACAUUAGUGUGGAGGUGAGGGGGAAAGUGGCGAUAGUGUCCAUGGAUCGGGGAGAGAACAGACUCAACCUCAAAUUCCUGGCCGACCUGAAUGCAGCAUUGGACAAGGUACUCAGUUACCCAGAUGUCCAAGCUAUGGUCACCACUGGGGUGGGGAAGUUCUACUCCAAUGGGAUAGAUCUGGACUGGCUGAUGCCACAAGGACCGGACGUACAGCGGCAGUUUCUGGACAAGUUCGGAGAAGUGAAGAUGAGGAUCCUCACAUUUCCCCUUCCUACCAUCGCUGCUAUUAAUGGACACUGCUUUGCAGGCGGUGCCCUGUUGGCUGUAUGUCACGACUACAGGGUGAUGCGGUCCAAGCAAGGCUGGUUCUGCAUGCCUGAGAUAUACCUCGAGCUGCGCUUCGACCCCGCAAUGGUGUCACUGCUCAAGAGGAGGCUGCCUGGUGGUGAUGUUCAGAGAGACAUCCUGUUGUUUGGGAAGCGGUUCCCAGGAGAGGAGUGUGCCAGGAGGGGAGUGGUGGAUGCUGUGUGUGAGCAGGAGCAGCUUCUGGAUCAAGCUGUCAGAAUGGCCCGUGAGUGUGUAGGGAAGAGUGGAUUUAGCCGCACCAUGAUGAAGGCCAUGAAGGAGGAUGUGUACAGGGAGGUGGUGGAGGUGUACCAGGAGGAGGCCAAGUCUAAUCGUGACCUUGUCAGCGACAGGCGACCACCGGCAAAGCUAUGAGUGGAUCAACCUCAGAAGUCACAGCCAUACAAAACCUUCUUUUUUCUCAACAAGUUAAAUCAUAUUGGAAGCUCUUGGUGUUGGUAGCAAUCAUAAUACAAAGCUUAA